AUGGCCGCAAUCGCUAUCUCCCCGUCUUUUGCUGCGAUUCCACUUCGCCAUGGCAUUUCAGCCCUUCCGAAGCGCCCGGGUAUUAUCCCAGCUCCGUAUAAUACUGGCAAGGAGUUCCCCUACUCGCCACCGAGGGACGAGAGCCGCUACUGCUACGUUCAGCCGGGAUCGCCCAACGGCACGACCCGCGACGACGCGCCCGGGAUCUUCAAGGCUUUCCAAGAUUGCAACGGUGGAGGUACAAUUGUCCUCGAUCAAUCAUACCUGAUUGGAUCACCUCUAGACCUCACUUUCCUUCAGCAUGUGGACAUUAUCAUCACCGGAGAAGUGGCCUUCGACGACAGUGAUGUUUACUACUGGGCACGUAACAGCUUUAAGUAUGACUUCCAGAACAUGUCUUCUUUCUGGAAGAUUGGGGGAGAGGAUAUCAACAUCUACGGUGACCUGAGCAACAAUCGUUCUGUGAUCAACGGUCGUGGUCAGACAUACUGGGAGGAGCUCUCCAGGAACAGCACACUGCUGAGACCCAUGCUUUUUGUGCUCGAGGGAGUAAAGGGCGUGACGAUGUCCAAUCUGCGCAUGCGCAAUCCACCAAAUUGGUUCAACAUGAUCGCCAACGCAACAGAUGUCAUCAUCAGCAACAUGAACCUCGUAGCCGCCAGCAGCGGCGGGGUAAAAAUUGCAAAUUCGGACGGCUGGGAUACAUACCGCUCCGAUCGCGUCGUCAUCCAGGACUCGGUCAUCAUCAAUACGGAUGAUUGCGUGUCGUUCAAGCCGAACAGUACCAACGUCGUCGUGCAGAAUCUCGACUGCACUGGCUCGCACGGGAUCAGCGUGGGGUCACUUGGCCAGUAUAAGGGCCAGACGGAUAUUGUCGAGGAUCUAUACAUUUAUAACAUCUCCAUGGCUGACGCCAGCGACGCAGCCCGCAUCAAGGUCUGGCCCGGCGUGGAAACCGCGUUCCAAGACCUCCUGAAUGGUGGUGGCGGGCUGGGCCGUGUGCGGAACGUGACUUACGAUACUUUCUAUCAUGAUAACAACGACAGGGCAAUCACUAUCACGCAGUGUUAUGGGCAGAAAAACCAGACGCUGUGUAAUGAAUUUCCAGCCAACUUGACCAUCUCCGAUAUAACGAUGAAGAACUUUUGGGGCACCACAUCAACAAAGUUGGACCCGGAAGCCGGAUCCCUCGUUUGCAGUGCGUCAGAUCGCUGCAGCAAUAUCGUAGCGCAGAACAUAUCUGUCAACGUACCCAGCGGAGAAGCUCCAGUAUACGAAUGUUCAAAUGUCGAUCCUGAGUUGUUAGACGUGACUUGUGUAGCUCCAGAGGGCGACAGGGAUACUGGAAGCGGAUAG